UUGUGUCUGGCGCUUCCCGUGGAGAAAAUCGGUUUUAUGGUGCGUUUAACAAUGAUUGAAGAAACAUUGGAGCCCUAUAUUGUACGACCCGGCACGAAAAACUUCGGCGAAAAGUACGAAGUGGUGUUCACCACCUACGCCGCCUUGCGACUGUCCCUCAACACCGCCGUCAAGAACUUCCAAAUCACCUCCAACGAGAACUCCUGGGGCGACUUCGACGACUCGGUCUUCGAAAUCGAGUACACCAACUCGAAAAAAAUCGUGGCAGUGCAGCUAAAGCACGUCCGACAAAAUGUAACCUACGAAAAACUAACCUCCACCAAAGGGGACUACAGCCUCCACAAGUACUACAAGAGUUACAAAGAAAUAGGCGCUGACAAGAAAAACAGCUACUUUGUUUUGUACACGACGGGGGGGUGCAACAAGAGUGUGGAAAACUUUCGCUGGAAGAAACACCAACUUCAACAAACUUCCACGAUUUUGGAAUUUCUCCCAGGUGUUGAAUGUUUCCAAUUUCGGUGCGACGAUUCAAGCAAGAAGAGCGAGUUUUUGUCAAGGUUCUAUGUCUACACGAAUCAGAAAAAUUGCAGCCAGAUGGAGAACGAAGUUCGAAGUUUGGUCACCAGGGAGUUUGGGAGUAGUGUGGAGGUCGAGGAUGUGUUCACUUUUGUGGAAAAGUGGAAAAAGGGGCUGCUGGGGGGUCAUUUCAAACUGACUAGAAACGAUUUUGUGACCGAGGUGUGCGAGGUUUUGUUGGCCCCUCAUGUAGUCAAGCCGACUUUCAAAAAAGAAAAUUUGAGGUUUGUCGAUCUGUGGAACGAAAUAGUUGACUGCUUUAGUGUGACUUUUGUGGACGAUGACGACAACACUGCCUCGACAAUUUGGCAGACAAUUUUCCAAGCGCUGGGUGUAGAUAAUUGGGACGAAAACAACUGGGGGACUCCUCGUUUGGUUCUAGAACUAAAUCCAGUGGUUCCAAAGCGGUAUUUACUAAACAAACUAACCAACAAGAAUAUUUCUCCAAAAAACUUGUACCUCGCUUUCUGGAAAAGUGGACAAGUCCCUCUGUUUUUACACUAUGAUAAUAACUCAAACCUGUCAAAAAUCGUCGAUAUUUUGCAGUCAACAACGACUAGAAAGUACUUCGUGGUUGCUACACCCCAAGAAAACGUCACGCAUUUCACACGAUUGUCAAAAUUCACUAAACUCGACGAUCUGUCUAUACUAGAAAGCGACUUUCUCGAGACGGUUUUAUCAACCCUCUGCAUCGACAUUCAAAGUCGGUUUAACCUAACUUUAGACGAAAUGAUUUCCUCAGAUGGCCAAAUUUCACACCACGUCACUCCAACCUUUCUUUUGGAAAUCAUGCAAAAUCGCAGCGUCGGUUUAAUCCCCGCCCACUUACCCCCAAUUUACAUCAAAAGACGAAUCUCUGCCUUCCACGUCGACGUCAAACUCCUAAAAUACAUCCGAGACGAAAUCAUAGUCAUCCAGUGUGACUUGAACACCCAUUUUGACUACAUUUUAACCGAGUUUUCGUCACGGGUUGUCGAAUUCAUCGGCCCGGACACUAUCCUCCACAAAAAAAACAUUUGUGUAUCAAGUUACGACGUCCCUAUCAACAAUAUAAAAAAAUUUCUUGUGCAAGCUAACCACCCCAAAUACCAUAUUUUCCUCAUGACCCAAAAAUUCGGCAGCCCGAUUUUAAAAUGGAUUCAAAGUAGUUCGGUUGAUUUAUUGAAAGAAUUCGUGAGCGAGGCAGGCAAUGUUGACGAUGAAGAUGAUUUGUUUUCGAACCCGAGCAACCCCAUCUAUGUAAUUAGCUCACCCCCGGGCAUGGGCAAGUCGACUUUAAUUAAUCAAAUGUGCAGAACGUGCUCGCAGAAUGUAUGGAUCCUGAAAGUUGAAUUAAUCGAGCAUUCGAGUUAUCUGCGGGGUACUCCGACUCUGGAUUACUUCCGUAAUUAUUAUUACGGUGGUGAUAAAUUGGCGAGGGUUUGUUUCGAUUUUUUUGCCAGGAGGGGUGAAGUCGUUGCGUUGUUUGAUGGGUUUGAUGAAGUGGCGCCACGGUUUAGCGACACAGUCAUGGGUGUGGUCGAGGAUUUUCGCUCCAUGGGGUUCACCCAGGUUAUAACCACGCGACCCAGUGCGGCCCAUAUUCUGGAACGAAAGUUCCAAGUUUUGCCCCAUUUUAUAUGCCCGUUUGACUCCGACGACAAAAUUAAGUUUGUCCACGAAUAUCAAACUAGUGUUUGUGAAAAUUUUCGGGCCACUUUUAACACAGUUCUGGCUAGUUUGUUACAAAAUUUUUGUUCAAAGUUUUCAGACAACGCCCUGCAGAUGUCGAUGUUGUGCGAAACAGUUCACUCCGAUUUGUCGCAAAAUCGUGUCAAUUUCGACAUGGACAUACUACAAUUGUACCAGAAAUUCAUAGAUUUGAAAUUCGCUUUGUUUGAACGAAAGUAUCUGCAAGGGUGCCACCCUACCAUCUACGACUCCUUCACUCAAGACAUACGUCAGCUCACGGUCUGGAACCUCGAAAUUUGCGCCUUGAUCGCGAUUUUUGGCCACAAACAAGCCUCCUAUUUCGCGAAACCUCACAACUUAAAAUUCCUACAAGAACUGAAACAAGGGCAAGAAAAAAUUGGUCUUAUAACACAAGUGGGUCCCGGCGAUGUGCCAAUUUUUUUACACCAAACCUACGCUGAUUAUUUUGCAGCGACGUGGUUGGUCGAAAAUUGGAAAACCAACAAGAGGGCGAAAAAACUCCUCGAAAAACUAUUUCUAGUGAAAGCACACACGACAAUCCGGCUCUUUUUUGACAGAAUUGUGGCCCAAAAGGUACCACUUUUCGGGGCCGUGUUGGACCAAAACCCCGACAAAAUUGGCAAAUAUGGUCAUAAAGAUUUCGAAUUUGUGGACGAUUUGGGCCGCAACGCUUUGCAUUUGGCGUGUUCGUGGAAACUUAAAAGUGACCCGAAAUUUUUGGACCUUUUGUUGCAACAAAUCGACGUGAAUUGUGGCCGCGACUUGUUCAAUUUCACCCCAAUCGAGUGGGCUGAUCGGACUAAAAACCUUCUCGUUAUUGACCAAAUUCUACAAAAGGGGUACGACUUUGACGUAUCUGGGUUGAAAAUAUUUGCAAACGUCAAGUGGGUUUUGUUGAAAUGUAUCAAAAAAAAGUGUAUGACGUUGAUGAAAAAGUUCGCCGAUUAUCUGAAUACGGUGGAAAUGUGGCUUUCCAGUAGCGACUACGACAAUUUGUUGUUUACUGCAGUCGCGACGAACGACGUUGAAAUUGUUAAAACAUUGUUAGACAUUUCAGAGUUCCGGAAACACAUUAAAAAUCAAGAAAUUCACGGAAAUGCGGCUUUACAAUUUGCGAUUUUGUUGGGUCAUGAAACCAUUGCAAAAAAAUUCGUUGAUUUUGACCCGAAAACGACGUCAUAUCAAGUUGCAGUGGAAGAAGCGACUGACGACAUCAAACAACUAUUAAAAACGGUUAACAACUAGUUUUAUCAGUCUAUAG